CAGCCAAUAACUUGGUGGACUGAUACCACAUUUUAGCUUGGGUACCCUAACUUUCUUGUAAGUUAUUCUUAAACGAGCUAACACUUUCCACCCGGUAUUCCCAGCCGGUCACCCAUGCAAGUACUGACUGGGCCCAACGUUGCUUAACUGAGGUGAUCGGACGAGAACCGGUGCUUUCAACGUAGUAUGGUCGCCGGUUGGAAGAAAGUUAGGGGCGGCCAAACCAAAACGUGACAUCAGUGCUUGAAGACACUAAAUUCUAGUCUGAGCCAUGUUGGUAGAUGCAGACCACUUGAUUGGGGUCCGCGUGACUUUCGUAACCAAUGGUUGGAGACUCUUGGUGACAUGGCUCAGAAUCGAUCACAAUGGCGUCGGUGUAUACACUCCCUGUCUUCUUUUAAACUAAGAGAAUAAAAUCACUUCAUAUUUUUCUUUCUACUAACUAAUUCUUUCUUCCUAUACUAUAUCCUUAUAUGCAAUCUUUCUCCUAUAUAUCACCACCUUUGACCUAACCGCUCCUAUGAAUCCGGUGUUCAUCUUGCUGUGCUAAUGCGGUAUGGCAACCUGGACCGAUGCAUAUAUGUGCCUGGUCCUACGUUGUAGCUCACUGACUGACUGAACACUUUCCACCAAGAGAGAUGAAGGUUAGAUACACGUAACAAAUGUCUCGACCGCCUCGAUUGAUGAAAAAUGUCUGAAGAUAUUAAAUAGUAAUAGUGAGAAAACGUAAACUCAUAGUUCAAAUAAUAAAUGAGUUCCGAGCUCAAACAUCUCAGUAGUAACAGUUCAAACUAUUAAAAUCAAUAACUCAGAUUUCAAUCUAUCAGAAAGUAUCAGUUCUAUCAAAGUUGCAAGUAUGUUCUGAUGACAAGUACUAACCAGAGAACAAACUCGUUCAAGAAGACUUCUUUUUUGAUGACUAAUUUCAAAUACUUUGUAUGAAGAAUCCAUGGUAAACUUAUAAUGUUAAUAUCAGAAGAGGUUUUGUGGAUAUUAUAGCAAUUUUAAUGGUUGAGAUCAUGAGUUAAUUGAAGCUAGACCACCAUGGAAAACCUGGAAGCAUUGGACGGCUGUUUCGUCCUAUUGUGGAACUCCUCAGCAGUGCGCAUUCAUGAUGUUUGUGAAUUUAACCAUUUAAAUACAGUUAUUUUACAGUUAUGAAGGGAUACAACAGGUAAAAUUACAAACUAUUUAUCUCUCUUAGCAACUAAGCAAAUGAAAAUUUAAGGUAUCCUAAUAAAUAUAUGUACUAUAAAAUGUAAGCAAAUCAUUAAUGUUCAACAUCACAUAUCUCAAAUAUUCAGAUUUUCACUUAUAAACACUGCUUAGUUGUAGAAAUAAAGACAGAUGCACAUAAAUAUAAGUAGUUAGGAAUAAGUGAUUGUAGCUAAGGCAUGUUGAAUCCACGUAAAUCAGUACAUACCAAGGUUAAUUAAAAUAAUCAAGACAAAUUUUCCCUUUAUUCCCUCCAUUUAGUUCAUUUUUAUUCUAUAGGAGAUGAAAUUGUUUGAUUAGAGAGCUAGUGUAACCAAGUAUAAGUACAACAUCAGAUAAUGAAACGAAUCUCGCUUUAAAAAGGCGUAGACAGAACCGAUAUCUAGUAUACUUGCUAGUAAUAAUUACAUAAACACUGAUGCUCGGAGGCUGGUUACAACCCACAUUUUUGCAAAUGAAAUUACAACACUUUUAAAUUGCUGAUAUGCAAAGACGGUUGUUUUUAAAAUCGUCAUUUACAGGCUGUAUUGGAUGAGAUCCGAAAUUCUGAAAGCUUCAUUGAAUCAUUUUAAAAGUUUUUAUAAGUAAACAACUUAAUUGUUAUCCAUGGGAUAAAUGAAUUAUGGCUAGCAGUAAAAUAUUAACAAAUACUGACCGAAUUUCAGAACAAGGAUAUUAACAAUGUGAUAACCGAAUCCCUUUUAAUCAUAACAACCACAGUCACUGGUCUUGCUCAUAAACAUGAAGUCAGUCCCAUGACUCAGAGGAUUACUUCUAUUUUUCGUUUAGGUAUAUGCACAACGUAAGAUGGCAGUUUCAGAUUUUAACGACGGACAACUUCUGAAAACGAAGUUUCGUGAACUUUAUUGUAGUGUAGUAACGUUUUAGCACAUAAACAAAUAUCAUCAGAAGCUAUUUAGGUGUACAAAACACAAACAUUUAUCUAUUUGCUCCAAUCUAAACGAAUCCAUACAGACGUUAAGCACACAAAAAUAAAUUUUCUACAAAACGGACACUAGCGGAUCCAAUUUGUCAAAGUUUGAUUUACACAGGUUUUUACGCUGUUCGACAUUAAAGUUAACCACGUUUUAAAGAGGAAAUAUUCAGUGCCUAAACACUGCUAAUAAGCAAAUGUCCGGCGCUUUAACUGGGUUGGUGGAGUUGCAAAACCCUGAUCCCAAAUCGGUCGUGCACAUGGGCUCUAGGAACCUGAAGGAACAAAGGGUGUGUGAACCUAUUGUUGGCCACCGACUGCCAUGUGACUGCAUCUCAUAACGUUGAUCUACUGUCUUGUGGGUUACACCUGUUUCAGUUUGAGUGCCCGAUCGGUAUUCUAGCCCUCACACUAAUAGAAUGAUCUGUGUAGCACAUAUGUAUUUGUUGCCUUCUUGUACCAGUGUUCAUGUGUUUAAAACAAAUAAUAAUUAUGUCACUUUUCAUCAGACUUCAUUAAUGGACCAAACCACUUCAUAGAUACAAAUAUUCUGAGUUAUACCCUGGAAACAAGAUGAAACGCUACCACUGAGACAAUUAAUUAUUGCUGUUAGUUUUAGUAAUUCAUAACAAUUGGUGGCUACCGCACAAGUUCUGGAUUUGUUUUCAUUUCAAAUGGAUGGAAAAAACUUUGUAUCAAGCGCUCAGUUCAAGAAAUUGAGUUUUAACGGCGAAUUAAAAAGUUCCUUCUAAUGAUCAGUUUAUUUAUAAACAUUGUGUGAUGGUAUAAGUAGAAAACUUCCCAAAGACAUUUCUGCAAACAUCAAAAGAAUCGCAAUACUUACAGAACAGAAUAAUUUACAAAAGCCACUUGAUAGUGAACGAAAUAACCUGUUCAUUCAGAGAUGAUUAUAAGCACAUGCUACGAAAUGUUAAUAGGUAACAAGUUGAAAAUAAUAGCCAUAGAUACAAAAACCCAAACAAGUUCUUUAAAUAUCUCACAGCAACUGAAGAAAGCAAAAAGAUCGGGAAAAGAUUAAUGGGUGAGACUAUGAUUUAUGGAAGACCUUUGAGAGAUGCUGAAGGGACCUUGAGUGGAAACCUACUGACUAGGACUAAAUGAGGGUUAUAAAGCAGGUAGAAUUUUCAUUUACAGUUGAUGAUUGGGGUUAGAAAUUAGAUUUAGGGUUUUCAUCACGAACCAACAUCAGCCAUAAUGCCAAAGCUCUAUUUAGCCAAAAGUACGGAUGAAUUUCACACCUUAACUCGUGACUCGUUAUAUUAUAUCUGAUUGGUUCGUCCAUAAAUUAUAGUUUCGCCGAUUAAUGGAUUAAACAACUUAACAACUCCGCUGGGCUUCUAACUACGGUUCCUACAACCUUCCAGUCAAAUGAAUUGGUCCUGUAUAACAGUCAUGUUGGUGAUAAAAAGACUAGUAACUGCAUUUAUCUAUCAUAGUCCAAAUAAUGACCGAAAUUCGAAGAAAUUAUAUGCAUAGAAUAGGAUGUGGAUGAGUCACGUUAUACUAAUGAAACUAAUUGUAAGCAGAAAGUCAGAGGACCAACAAGAAGGACACAAAACAUUCUAGCUAUAGACGAUACUGCUUAAACCAAUUGUUGGUUGAGCAUAGUGGUCCUUUACCACGUUCAAACGGUUUUAAUUAUCUUUUUACAUGCAUAGAUCGAUUUACCAGAUUCCCUAUAGCCAUCCUGAUAGCGCAUAUCACAGCGGAAACAGUAGCCAAGGUUUUCAUGCAGAACUGGGUAACCAUUUUUGGUGCACCCAUAACAAUAACGACGGAUGGAGGAGCGCAAUCCAAAUCCGAACUAUUUAAUAACUUGGCUAAACUUCUAGGCUCCAAUAGGAUACGCUGCACUGCAUAUCAUCCUCAGGCAAAUGGGAUGGUAGAACGUUUUCACCGUCAGCUAAAAACCGCCCUUAUAUCUCACUCAAAACCCAAUCAGUGGACAGAAUUCCUACCGUUAGUUAUGUUAGGAAUACGAACAUCUGUCAAAACUGACGCACAGUGUUCAGCUGCAGAACUGGUUUUCGGAACAACUCUGAGACUACCAAUUGAAUUUAUUAACCCUAAUACUAACAGUCAAAAACUUAAUUUAGAAAAUUACGUAGAUCAUCUACGGAACCAUAUGUCCAAGCUUAAGCCAAUUAAUACUCGUGAACAAUCACGCGCCAUAUAUGUACCUAAAGACCUAAGCAAUUGCACGCAAGUCUGGAUAAGAUGUGACAAAAUAAAAGCACCUCUCAGUCCUCCAUUUGAAGGUCCUUUCAAAGUCGUCUCAAGAAAAUCUAAAUAUUUCGUGAUAGAAAAACAUGGAAACGUCGACACAGUAAGUAUUGAUAGGCUAAAACCGGCUUAUCUAGAUCAUGAACCACCAUACGUGUUGUUAGAUCGUUUAACUGACAAAUCCAUUACGGAAUCAAAAUGUAAAAAUGAUAAAUCUUUACAAAUGACUAAAACGGUUCGCUGGGCACAUAAGAUCAGUCAGUCAAGGAUGUUGACAGUUUCGGCUGCAGGAUAAAAUCUAACCACGUAGCUAAUCAGACCUUGCAUCUACAUAAAAAUAUUUUUUUCCUCAUUCCGCCUCACCUACAACUCCCCAGACCUUUUACCUUUGAUAUAUAAGUGUUACGUUAAAUAUUAUUUUAAAUACUGGACACAUAAGCUAGGUAUUCCGAAACGAUGGCUGAGGAUUUUAAUCAAACUCAUACAACUAACACUGGCAAAUACAGCGAAUUCAAAAAGCAACCCAGGCGAGUUUUAUAAUUUUGUUUUCUGGUCAAUUAACUAUGUUGGCUGUACGUCUUAUUUAUCUAUAUACAUUUUUCACAUAAAUACAUAUAUACCAUAUGAACUACUAAAAC